AUGGCGGUUGAUGGAAAUUCGUUCGAAGUCACUCCUGAGACAGAGAAAUUUCUUUGCGAGCGAUUAUUGGACCAAACGCAACCGAUUUCGGAGCGGUUCAGAGUCCUCUUCUCUCUCCGGAAUCUGCGAGGUCCUGCUCCUCGCAAUGCUUUAAUACUUGCAACAAGAGAUUCUUCGAAUCUGUUGGCACAUGAGGCUGCUUUUGCUUUGGGCCAAAUGCAAGAUGCCGAUGCUAUUCCUGCUUUGAAGCUUGUUCUCAAUGAUCUUUCUUUGCAUCCUAUCGUACGUCAUGAGGUGGACUUUUCUCCGGCUGCAGAAGCUCUUGGUGCUAUAGGUUUAGAGAGUAAUAUUCCUCUUCUGAAGGACAGUUUGGAUUCAGAUCCGGCACAAGAGGUUAGGGAGACAUGUGAAUUAGCUCUUUCUCGAAUUCAGGAGCUGAAGAAUGCUGGUGAUAAUCAUCAAUCAUCCACAACAGCGGCGUCGCCAUUUCUGUCUGUUGAUCCAGCUGCACCUGCUUCUUGCUCUUCUGUACAUAAAUUAAGGGAAGUCAUUUUAAAUGAAGAAAAGGGUAUGUAUGAGAGAUAUGGAGCUCUUUUUGGACUACGAAAUCAUGGAGGUGAUGAAGCAGUUGCUGCCGUAAUAGAAUCUUUAAAUGCAAAAAGUGCUUUAUUACGACAUGAGGUUGCGUAUGUCUUGGGGCAGUUGCAAAACAAAUCUGCUUCAGAUGCACUCUCGAGGAUACUUAAAGAUGUGAAUGAGCAUCCUAUGGUUAGACAUGAAGCUGCUGAGGCUCUGGGUUCUAUUGCAGGUUUGAUUACUUACUGUAUAUCUGGUGCAAAACAUAGUGUCAAACUAGAUUGA